AUGGGCAAUCGGAGAGCAAGGAAUAAGGUGAGGAUGGUAUUCAUCGACAAUAUACCAGAAAGCAUGCAUUGGAAAGGUUUAUGGACAUUAUUCAGCUUUCCUGGGGAAAUUAUGGAUGCUUUCAUACCAGUCAAGAGAAACAAAGCAGGUAAAAGAUUCGGGUUCGUAAGAUUCAAUAAGGAGGAGGAUGCGCAGAGGGCAAUAGACAGGGUCGAUGGUUUUGUGCUGCUAGGGGAAACGCAGACUCUUUGCAAUCUCAAUAGCUUAACUGAAAGAAUUACGAACAUAGGCCUUGGAGAAUUAAUUAUUAAAAAGAUUCAGGGUAGAUACUUCUUGAUAGAGGUUCCAGAUGAAGAGUUGAUGGAUAUUCUAAAACAAAGAGAAUGGGCAUAUCUUAAAGAGUUCUUCAUUAAGGUUGAGCCUAGGACAGAAAAGUUCCAAGUUUCGGAGAGAGCAGUAUGGAUUGAAAUUGCAGGAAUUCCCCUUCAUUGCUAG